AUGUCUCUUCGCAAGAAGCGGAACUUCAAGGCCCUUCAGCUUCCGGGAAAGGAGGAGGCCAACGACAACGGUGGGCCGGUUGCAGCACGCCCCGCGCCCCGGAGGCGCCCGCCCCCAGUGUACGAGGACGAGAGCGCAGAGUCAAAGAGCGCGAUGCACGCGACGAUCACCAGCACCCUCGCCAGCCUCGACAUGAACUCGAAGCGGCUCGAUCUCAAGGACGAGGACCUGACGGAGCUGCACGAGCUGGGCUCGGGGAACGGGGGAAGCGUUAUGAAGGUGCAGCACGUCAGCGGGACUAUCAUGGCAAAGAAGAUCGUCUUGAUCGAUGCAAAGCCGUCGGUUCGCAAGCAAAUACUGCGCGAACUCCAGAUCCUGCACGCAUGUCGCUCUCCAUACAUCAUCUCCGUAUACGGCUCAUACAUCAAGACACCCAAUCUUUGCAUCUGCAUGGAAUUCUGCGAACACGGCUCCUUUGACAACAUCUACAAGAAGCUCGGCCCCAUACCCAUCGACAUUGUCGGCAUGGUCGCGCUUGCUGUGCUUGAAGGUCUCAAAUACCUCUAUACCACGCACAAGAUCAUUCAUCGAGAUAUCAAGCCCUCCAACAUCCUUCUCAGCGCCGCCGGGGACAUCAAACUGUGCGACUUCGGCGUGUCAGGCGAGCUGGAGAACUCCAUCGCGAAUACGUUCGUCGGGACUUCGACCUACAUGUCGCCUGAGCGCAUCCAGGGAGCCGAAUAUUCCGUCAAAUCUGAUGUAUGGUCAUUGGGCAUCACGCUCAUUGAGCUAGCCGUCGGCCACUUCCCAUGGUCCUCGGAGGACGACGAGCAUCCGGAGGACAUGGCGAAGUCGAUUAAUCGGCAGAACAAGGAGCUCUUGCAGCCCUCGACGCCCAACUCCGCGCGCCACAGCCGCCGGAAGAGCAAGGGUGUCUCGUUGCAUGGUGGCACGAUGUUGCUGUCCAUCCUGGAGCUGAUGCACUUGAUUGUGCAGGAGCCGCCUCCAAGACUGCCGGAGGGCAAGUUCUCACCAGACGUCUGCGAGUUUGUUGAUGGAUGCCUCGAGAAGGACAUCGAGAGGCGGAAGCUGCCAGCACAGCUGCUCGUGAGUUCGAACUCAGCCCUCGUGAAUUUUGCACUGACGGUCUCGGCUAGGCACAACCGUGGAUGGAGCAACGAAGAACAACGCCAGUGGAUAUGA